AUGGUCCUGCUGAGGGAGCUGGAGAUGCAGGGCAACAAGGUGGCAGACCCUACCGACUUCAUCAGGAGGGCAGUGGAGCAGGCCGGAGGCGACGAGAUUGACUUGCCAGAUGGAGCUGGACAGACUGCUGUGGCAGAUCGGAUCCAGGAGCUGAACGAUGCGGGAACGUUGGCAUCUCCAAUUGACGCCGCAACAGUGGUGCACGGACUGGAGAGACUUCCAGAGGAGGAUGCUCUUGGGCUGCUUCAGGAGGUAGCAGACAAAGGUGGAUCAGUCAAAAACCCGACAGCCUACAUUCGCUUCAAGCUCAAGGCAAGGCUGGCAGUGCUUGGGGUGUCCCCGGAUGCGCCGGUCAACGCCCACACCAAGAUCUUGAAGCGAGUGGAAUGGCUGAACGAUUACGGUGGGCUCCUUGAGGACAUCCACUACAACGAUGUCGCAGCUUCCCUUGAAAGUGUUGGCUUAGAUGCAGCCAUGACCAUCCUCAAAGAACUGGAGGAUCAGAGCGCAGGCAUCGAAAAUCCGACCGAGUUCAUCCUUCGGUCAGCUCGUCAGACAAACUCCCGAAAUGCUGCUGGUGAUGCCGUGCCAAGAGCAGCGACAAGAGCCGCGCCACGGGCGGCUGCUCCAACGGCCGAGGUUGCCAGCGCACGAGCGCGUGCUGAGCCAGUCACGCCGCUUCAGGCACUCAAUGACUUCAUGGACUUCCUGAGCAAAGGUCCAGGAAAGAACCAGAAAGUCAAACUUGCUGAGGUGGCUGGUGCCAUGGAAGCCCUGGGAACCAAGCGAGCAGCGAGAAUACUGAAGGAGAUGCAGGAAAAAGGAUUAGGUUUGGAUGAUCCGGUGAGCUACAUCAAGGCGGCGGCUCAGCGGCACGGGUUUACAGCAGUCAAAACGGAAGCUGCUGAGCCUGAGACUCCAGAAGAUGUGGACGAUGUCUCCAGACUUACAUCUCGCUGCAAAUGGCUGAAUCAGUUCGCUGGUCUUGCACAGAAGAUCAGCAUAGACGAAGUGAUUGGUGCUCUCUACUGCCUCGGGGUGCCUCAGUCGAUGUCGAUUCUGCGAGGACUUCAGGAGCGGGGUGCCAGCGUGCCGGAUCCCACGCGUUACAUCAAGCAGGCUGUGCAGCGCGCCAACAGUUCCCUUGCAGCGGGCGAGGACCCAUCCAACCAUGUCAAGGAGGAAGCCGAAGCGGAGGAGGCUGGGCAUGAAGAAGACCCUUGGGCAGAG